GCAUGUUGGCCGCCCGCGCCGUGCAUGGCUCACCACUCGCGCUUGCUCUCGCCGCGGCCUUGGCAGCCCUCGUCAUGCAACCCAGCAACCCAGCAACCCAUGCAGUCGUGAAUUGAACGCUGAACCCUCCACUCGUGACCCUCAACCACUCAUCCUUCAUCGAUGAUGGUUCCUGGCGCUGCGCAUCGCUUCAUAGAAGGCCCUUGGAAUCGCAUCAACAGUCCCCCCUCCCAUCUCUGUCGACCGCCAUGGCGUCCGCAGCGGUAUUGCUGCCAGCAAUGACGUUGCUCUUGAGGCAAGAGCCCACAGCUACCCCCACCUCUCCUUUACCAGGACCAGGACCAGGACCCGCACCUACGGAUGCACCCUCGCCCUAUCCCAUCCCUUUACCUGGAGCAGAGAUCGGAGAUGAAGGAUGCAGGCUGUUGGGGCCUUUCGCGUUGGCUGUGCAAGCUGCCAUGGGUGUCAUUGUCGUCGGCUCGCUCGUGUUCAAGAGGAGGAGGGAACGGCCGAUGCGACCUUGGAAGAUCUGGAUGCUGGACGUCACGAAGCAGAUGCUUGGACAGGGCUUUGUUCACAGCCUGAACGUCUUCCUCAGCGAUUGGACAAGUCACCAUGGAACUGAUAGGACCAAUCCCUGCGCUCUGUACGUUCUCAACAUCGGAGUGGAUACCACACUCGGCGUCGGAUUCAUCUACCUGGCGAUGCGGUUCUUGACCCACUUCUUGACGGAUGUAGCUGGCAUCGAAGGAUGCGUCAGCGGAGUUUACUCAGCAGCACCCAUCGUCACUGCCUUGCCACCCCCCUCACCAUCCGGCUCCACGUCAGGUCGUCCACGUCUGCCGCGCAGCAGGACGAGGAGGCGAUACAGACGAGGUGCAAGUCAACAUGCUCAAAGACCUCGACUCUCAUUUUGGGCUCGACAACUGGCAAUGUACCUCUUCGCCAUGCUCCUCAUGAAAAUCGCCGUUCUCUUCCUCUUCUCCUUGCUACCCUUUUUGGUCGAUCUCGCAGACGGCAUUUUGGCUCUGUUCGGAGGUCACAAGAGGGCAGAGCUGCUCUUUUCGUUGGCCAUCUUCCCAAUCAUCAUGAACGUCUUGCAAUUCUGGCUCAUAGAUUCUCUUUUGAGGCACGAUCCCGUCAAGAGCAAGUACGCUGCGGAUCCAGACGGGCACAUAGGGGGCGCUCCAGAAGCCACAGGACACGAGGGAAGACCGAGCGAAGCCUCGGAGUAUUUCGAUGGCGAUUCACUAGACAUUGAACGGGGCGGAGGUCGGAAUAGCAACAGUUCUGGAGGAAUGUAUCACCAAGCUCGUAAUCAAUCCGAAGCACAUCUUGUGGGCGACGCUAGCGAGAGUGACGACGACGAGCAGUCUAACAACAGGCGGCAGCGAUCCAGCACGACGGACGCGCACGCAUACCCACCUUCAUUAAAUGGUUCUGCAGCCGGCUCGCGAGCAGGCUCUCCCCGCAACGAUCUGCGCGGUGCCAGCAAGAAGGGCGCGCAUACAAGCUCCGUAGCACAAGAAGCCAGCCUUCGCAAGCCCGAAGGCAAUUCCUCUCACUCUCAGCUAGGAGCACAAGCAGACACUUCAUCAGCACGAGUAGAGCAGGCGUCGAAAGAAAGUCUCAGAACACAAGCGGGCAAAGCUUUGAGCGACGAAGGUGAUGCUGAAGAUGCGUGGGACGCAUGGGAUGACAUUGACGGGGCACCGGCUGCAGCAGCAGCCAUGGGCACUUCUACAACGGCCGAGGACAAAAAGAGGAGCUCCAACGACAUGAAGCUGGCCAUGACUUCUCCCGGCGCAAGCUCACCGCCUGUCGACCCAAAGAGGCGCGAUUGAAAUAUCGAUGUCUCAUGGCUGCGAAGCUAGCUCUUGAUGUGCAUUCGAAGACUGACUGUCCCCAAGUUCUGAGCCUGCUUCUAUCCGAAUUGGUCGAUAAGAUAUGCAGAA